UUACGAUUUCUAUACAAAUAAAUCAUACCUAAAACUCAAAUAAAUCUUCAGUUUUAAAAUUGCAUAGGUAAAUCGGCCGAGCGCUGAUAACGUUUUUUGCUAUAUCUAACGGGACGCCCGGCCGCCAUAGGUAUUUAUCGCCAUAACUCAGCCGGCUUGCAUUAAGUAAACAACAUUGGAAUAAUUAGGAUUAAAUUCAUAAGAAAGUGGUUAAGUUUACGUUCCUGGUUUAUUGUGCUGGUGUUUAUGGUGAAAUAAAGUGUUUAAGUGCUAAGAAGGUUACAUACGCGAGUUAGCCGAAAAAGUGUUGUGUGCGGCUCAGGUGACGGAACUUCAACUUCGGAUUGCUAAAUUGGAAUGUGUUUACAACACGUAUGAUGAGAUUCAAACCAAGUUGGAGUACAUGGCAGAGGAUGACGAGGCCCAGUUAGACGAGAGGUCUGAGUUCGAGGAUUUAUACUACUCGUCAGUCGCGGCGGCUAAGGAAUUGGUAACCAUGCAUUCCAAGGUCGCGCCUAGCGAUGGGGGUUCCGACAACAAUACGCGGCGCCAUCCACAUGUAAAAUCGACCGUGCGGAUCUGUUGGAAACCAUGGCGAUGGACGGGCCCGGGCGCCGCGCGUCCUGGCCGCUCGCCGCUGGCGCCGGCGCUGCCUCCGCUGCGCACGCGCGCUCCGCUGUGCGACAAGUUAAGGAAAAGUGUUUCGUAGGACUAGAUGAACGUCAAACUAAUACUGUGAGUAGCCCACUUUUUUCAUAUGAAUGUCCGUUGUGUAAGCGUGGUCAUUGGCUAUUUGAGUGCCCCGACUUUCUCGCGUUAUCGAAUAAAGAACGCGCAGAUAAGGUUAAAGGGAUGAAAGUAUGUCUCAAUUGCUUGAAACCCGGUCAUAUAGCAAAGUAUUGUAGGCGUGGUCCGUGCAAAGAAUGCUCAUUACGUCACAACUCGCUUCUACACAUAGAUAUGUUGCCGACGACGGCUCCUGUAGCAAUGCCAGUCAUAGAAGUGAGUCCUAGCGACCCUAGUGAGCAUGACGAUGAUGAACCUGGGCCCAGUCGCAGUGCUAGUAGCGGCGUGUUGUUGCCGGCCCUUCCGGCUGUCGAGUCAGACGAAGGGCAAGUCAUACUGUCUACCGCUCUAGUACAAGUAUAUGAUCGUGAUGGUAAACCACAUACAGCACGCGCAUUCUUAGACAACGGAGCUUCACCUAAUUUUAUUAGAGCUGACUUUUGUAAAAAACUUAACUUACCUAUUAGGGAUAUAGCUGCGUCUUUAACUGGCAUUA